AUGGUGGAGAGUUUGGUUGAAUUCGAGUAUUUGAGAUAUAAUGACGGUCCAGAUGUACCAGUAGUUGAGAAUCCGCAUUAUUUUGUAUUGAUUAGAUUCCUAGGACUAAUCAGCAACACUAGUAUGGCAAUAGAGUGGACAUUUGAAGAUGUUCAAGAUAUGUUUGAAAAUGAAGAGUUAACUGAGUACUCUAAAAAUCUUCACUUGAAAUUACUGGGGUUUUUAGGGAAAAGGUUUCCUCCACAUGUUACAUUAGAAAGGAAUUUAACCAAGUUUUUAGAUGAAAGGCCUAUAGAUGUUAGUGUGAUCUUUUGGGAUAAGAUAGAAUCAAAUACUGGUACUUCAGAUAAGAGUUUGGAAGAAAAUUUGGAUAAAAAUCAAACAUUCAAGAAUUCUGAGAAUGUUAAGUCAGAAGAAGCUGACAAACAAGAAAAUGAGAAUUCUGAGAUAUAUAAGGAGGAAGGUGAGCUAUUAGAUACCCAAUUAUAUAACCCAUAUAGGGAUAAUGAAUAUAAAAAUGUACACAGUUAUGAAAGAUUGAGAACUAUUAGAAUAUUGCUAAACACUUGCAUUCAAGAAAGCAGACAAUUAAGGAGUAUUUUUCAAGGAAUGGAGAAUUAUUCUAUGAAAUGCAAAGAAGUGGUACCAGGAGAAUGUUUUUUUGGGCUUUCUCCUCCAUAUAUUGGUGAUGACAAACUUGGUCACCACUAUUGGUAUAUUAAUCCUCCAAAUGAUGAAGUUAUUUUUAAAUUAUACAGGGAAUCAUCUUUGACAGGUGAACUGACAUUACUUUCAGAUAAUUCAGAUACAUUAUGCAAUACAUUCAAGACUUUUCUAAAUAGUGAAGAUCUGUAUGAAAUUGGUCAGAAACUUGAAAUUAAGUAUAAUGCUUUAAUUGUUGCUGAAAAGGCUAAAUUAAGGAAAAUCAGACAAAUGAGAUCUAUUCGAAACCAACUGGAAUCAUCCUGGGGUAAUUGUGCUCCUACUGAUGAAAUGCUUAAUGGAGGAAGAACAAAAAGAAAGGCUGCCAUGAACAUUGAUUAUUCUUAUUCUAAGAACGAAAAUGCUACAAGAAGAUCAUCUAGGAUUAAUAAGCACGGUUAUGAUUCAGAUUUACUAAAUUACGAGCAUGCCCCAGUAGCAUCUAAUAAUAUUGUCAAGGACAGAAGUGACAGACUUGCUCUAAGAAAUGCAAAAAAACAGCAAAUUGAAGAAUCUGAAAAAGAUCAAGAUAACACUGAAAAUGACCAAGACCAAGUCGAUGAUAACUCGAUUGUUUCAGACCAAACCCCAAUUUUACCCACUUCAGUACACUUAGAGCAUAAUAAUCCUAUCUCACAGUCAUCCAGCCACACUUUAAACUCAUCCAUCAAGAAUGAUGUUAAUUUAAACAACAUAAAUAACACUGGGACAUUAUUGGAUGCCAAAAAUCACUCUUCUAACAUGAAAUCUGUGAAUCUGGCGCCAGAACACGUAACCAUGCAAUUAGUUUCAGAAGUUGUUCCCAUAAUUCCAGCUAAUUCAAAUAACUUACCUUCAAAUUUCUCUACUUUUAAUUUAUCCCAGGUACAAACAAUGUCUCAGGUUACUCAGAUUCCGCAAAUUUCUCAGACCCAUCAAAUACCUCAAAUGCCACAAAUUUCUCAAGUACAACAAAUUCCCCAGAUUGGACAAUUUCCCCAGGUGGCCCAGGUCUCACAGAUUUCUCAAAUUCCCCAAAUUAUUCAAGUACCUCAAAUCUCUCAAGUGCCACAUUUUCAGACAUAUAAUUCACUUUCAAAUAGUCCUACUAUUACCUCAAAUGGGAAUAUGCAGACAGCCACAAACUUUCCAAAUUCAGGUAAAUCUAGCAUUCAAUCUGAAUAUUAUAACAAGAACUAA